CUCGUUUUCUUCCUUCAACCCUUUUCCCCGGCCUCUCUCCCUUUCCUUACACGGAUCCUGAAUGGCUGAAUCUUUAGACAAAAUGCUCUCCCCGCAAUUUUUGUUAUUUUAGAUUAUUUCUUUUCUGCGGCUUAGUUUUUACCAUCCAUUUCCAUUAAUCGUAUAUUGAUUUCUUACCAGAUAAUCGUAUAAUUCAUUCCAACACCAUAUAGUAUUGAUUUUCAAUUUCAGAUCACUGCGAUAUCUACUUGGAUAAAAAGUCUUUCUCGUCGUUUUUUUCUUUAAUCACAUGAAGAAGGAGAAUUGGGUUCCUUUUUUAACCCACUCUUCAGCACCAGAUGUCAAUUUUCUGUAUCCAAAUGUUUGAAAUUCCCGUCGGUUUUUUUCUAAUUAUCGAUUGAGAAACCCUAAUUCAUUGGUACUUUUAUACUAUUUUUCUUUGUGUAUUAGUACUUUUCUGGAAGCAGCUGUCACAUUUUCCAUUUGGGAAUUUUUGGGACAUUAUUUUCUUCUGGGAGUACCGUUGUCGGCCUUCUUUUUUAUUUUUUCACAUUUCUUUUCAUUUUCUUUGAUGCGAUUCAAAUGGAUCUGAAGGGUGCGCAGAUUUGUGAUUUUGAUUCGUGCCUCAGGAUGCCAUGAAGUAUCAUUGAUUCAUUAAGUGGUGCAUUGUAAAAUAUCAACAAAGGCUACUAUUUUUCUGGAGGUUUUCAUUAAUUUUUAGAAAUUUCACUAUGGAUCAUGUAAUUGGCGGCAAGUUCAAGCUGGGGAGAAAGAUUGGCAGCGGAUCUUUUGGAGAGCUUUAUUUGGGAGUAAAUAUACAAACUGGAGAAGAAGUUGCUGUUAAAUUGGAAUCUGCUAAAACUAAGCACCCCCAGCUUCACUAUGAAUCAAAAUUGUACAUGCUCCUUCAGGGAGGAACUGGGAUUCCCCAUCUUAAAUGGUUUGGAGUCGAUGGCGAGUACAAUGCCAUGGCUAUUGAUCUUCUUGGACCAAGCUUAGAAGAUUUGUUCAACUAUUGCAAUAGGAAGUUCACAUUGAAAACAGUCCUAAUGCUUGCAGAUCAAUUAAUAAAUCGAGUUGAAUACAUGCACUCUAGAGGAUUUCUUCACCGAGAUAUAAAACCCGAUAACUUCUUAAUGGGUUUGGGACGCAAAGCUAAUCAGGUGUACAUAAUCGACUAUGGUCUUGCAAAGAAAUACAGAGAUUUACAGACUCACAAGCAUAUACCAUACAGGGAAAAUAAAAAUCUCACGGGCACAGCUCGUUAUGCUAGUGUAAACACCCAUCUUGGAGUUGAACAAAGCAGAAGGGACGAUUUAGAAUCUCUUGGCUAUGUCCUUAUGUACUUCCUUAGAGGAAGCCUUCCCUGGCAGGGACUGAAAGCUGGUACAAAGAAACAGAAAUAUGACAGGAUUAGUGAAAAGAAGAUGCUUACACCCGUAGAGGUCUUGUGUAAAUCUUAUCCAUCUGAGUUCAUUUCUUAUUUUCAUUAUUGUCGAUCCUUGCGGUUUGAUGACAAACCUGACUAUUCAUACUUGAAGAGACUUUUCCGGGAUCUAUUUAUUCGGGAAGGUUAUCAGUUUGAUUAUGUGUUUGACUGGACUGUAUUGAAGUAUCCACAGAUUGGCUCCAGUUCUAGAACACUGCCAACGGGGAAGAUACCUAUAAACAUGGGAUCAUCUGCAGAAAGAGCCGAGAAAACCCCAGUGAAGCAAGAGACCCGAGAUAGAUUAUCUGGUGCUGUGGGGGCAUUUGGGAGAAGAAAUGGUUCUGGCUCAGGCUUGCAUGGAGAUCCCUCCAAAUAUAGAUCUUUCGAUGAUGGACCAUCGCGUAAAGAUGUGCAAAUUGAUUCUGAUCGUGGUCGGAUAUCUCGGCCUGGUAGUUCUUCAAAGAGAGCGGUUAUAUCAAGCAGCAGCAGGCCCAGCUCAUCUGGCGAGCCCAGCGAAAAUCGUCAUAGCAGACUCGGAAGAAUAUCCACCACUCAUAGGCUACAGCCUGGAUUCGAGUCGAAAUCAUCAUCUUUCACCCGUGCUGCUGGUUCAAGAGGCAUCCGUGAUGAAACUCUUCGAAGCUUUGAGCUCUUAACAAUUGGCUCCGGAAAAAGGAAAUAAUUGAAAAUGUUUGUGGACUGUUGUGGUUUUGGCUCCAGAUAUCAGCCCUGGGGUAUGUUGUGAUGUUGUUUCUCUAUUUCGCGUCCUUGUAUGGAGAAACAAUUGCGCUCGGUUUUAGCUGCAAGAAUUGGAUGUCUGUUAUCAAUUUUAUUUCUAUUUCUUUCCCUUUUUCGAGUAUAAGUGUUUGUUCCAUGCCUACUAAAAUCUUGCUUCCAUAUAUUCUUCAUGUGUGAUCCUGUUGUAAUAUGAAGUCAACUAUGUUAUUAUUAUUGACCUAAAUGUGGCUAUUUCAUAUGGCUAAGUUGAGCUGUAAUUUUCCAUUGGUUAGUGGACAUUUUUUUUAUUUUUG